UGUACAAAGUAAUGAAAGAAUUUUUUAUUCCUUGCUUGCGUCUGGUGUGUUAAAUUUAAAUAUCUGAAAGUUUUUUAUAGAAAAAGCAUAAAUUUUUAUCAUAUAAACAUUAGUCAGUUUAUAAAAUUAACCAGCUUCUUCUCUCAUUCAUUGCCUGUGAAUUGAAUAGACAGUUUCAAAUCUUUAACUCUACGGUGUUUAUUGUAAAAAAAUUGUUAUUAGUUUUCUUUAUUAUAUUCAUACAAAAAGGAAGAAAAAAAGAUGAAGAAAAUUCUUUGGUGUUUGAUAAUAAAAAUUUUUAUCAUUAACGGAUCAUCAGCGGAGGAUUUUUUCUUCAAGAAUAAUGAACUAAAUGAUGAAACUUCGAAUGAAGAAUUACAACUUUGUAAAGAUCAGCAACUAUCAUUAAAUUUUGCCAACACAAUUGUAACUAAUGUUGGAAAGAAUUUUCUCACAAGCACAUUGAUUUCGUGUUUGAAAAUGAAUAACAAUGGCAUUACAAAAGUAUCAUCUUCAGCUUUUGACAAAAUUCCAAAUUUAACUUAUUUAAAUCUUGCCAACAAUUUGAUUGAAGAAGAUGAACUUUUGUAUAACGGGAAUUUUAAAAAUUUGAAAAUACUUGUUUUAGACAGUGCUUAUUUAGGUCAUAAUUCUUAUUACAAUUAUAAGGGAAUAAAUUUUUUUGGAAAUUACCCCUCUCUUGAAAAACUCUAUCUAAGAAAUAAUAAUAUUAAUACGGUAAGAAUUAAUAAUUAUAUUGCAAAUACUUUUCUUAAAUUAACACAUUUAUAUUUAAAUAAUAAUACAAUUUCAAGCUUCAGUAUUGAUGUAAAGCACUCAAAUGCAUUUAUGGCUAUAAAGUAUGUUAAUUUGAAUUAUAAUAAUAUGGACUCUGUGGAAGUUAAUCUACCAGCACUCGAAUUUCUCUCCUUUGAUUACAAUAAAGUUUCGUCAUUAACCUUAAAAAGAACAAAAAAACUAGAAAAACUGUACGCAGCCCAUAAUCAAUUAUCUGAAUUUUCUGAAAAAUCUUUAGAACAAUGUGAAAAAUUGAAAAUUUUAAACCUAAAGAACAACCAAAUUAAUGAAUUCAGUAAAAAAAUUUUAGAAAAAUGCAAUUCAUUGGAAUAUUUGAAUUUAGAUAAUAAUAAAAUAAGUAAACUUCCCGCAAUUAAUUCGACUUCAUAUUUAAAGAGAUUUUUAUUGCGAUGCAAUAAAAUUGAUUCUUUGCGUUCAGACACUUUUUCUCUGAUGCCACAUUUAAUUGUACUCCGUCUAGAUGGAAAUAGAAUUUUUAAAGUUGAAGCCAAUACAUUUUUAACACUUGUCAAUUUACAAAGUCUCACUCUUGGUAAUAAUCAACUUGCAAAUUUACCUGAAAAUUGGUCGCAAAAUUUGAAAAUGUUGCAGAAUUUAAAUUUAGAAAAUAAUAAAUUCAAAAUGUUGGAAGAUUUGUCUCUAACACAUGAAGAUGUAAUUUUAAACUUGAAUCUUACUAAUAAUCCUUUUAAACAAUUAACGUCGAAUUCUUUUAUGGUAAUACCAGAAAAUGCUACAGUUUAUUUGAAUUUUAAUGCAACUCGAGUCGAAAGUUGUUUAAAGAAUAAUUGAUAUACUUUAGGUUUUGUAAUAAUGUAUGUAACACGUAGUAACUAAUAUUUCUGUAUGUUUCUCUAAGUAAUAAAAUUGUUACAAUACGAUUUUUCAAGAAAAAAAAUGUUUUACUUUUAAAAACUGUUCUCAUCCUUCGCCCGUAGAAUUAAAACAAAAUUUCAGAUUUUCUAUGUUAAAAAAUAUUGUUUAAAAACUCAAAAACCUUGAAAACUUUUUAAAUAUUCUUUUCUACCUUUCAAAACUUUCCAUAUCGCAAUGAAUUUUAAAACAGUUC